AUGGGACUGAUCAAGAAGGUAAAUACAUGGUCCUAUGAUGGACUGAUCGAUUACCUCUCAGUUAAUCCAACCAGGGAUGAGGUGACCCAUUUCAAAGUAGAUCCGGAAAAUGACGAAGAGGAAUCGAUUAUGAAGCUUCGAACUGCCAGGGAUUUUGGGUCAAUUACAUGCUUGGACUACUCAGAUCAAGAGAAUGGGCUCGUAGCCGUUGGCGAGAAGAGUGGCUUUAUUAGGCUUUUCAAUAUUAUCAUGCGUGACAAUUCCGAGCUCGAAUCAUUUGACAUGAAGGUCCGAGCCAAGCAGCAGCGGUGCAUCAAUACUUUGGCAAUCAAUGGCAAUGGGCUUGUUUCUAUGGGACUGGACAGAAACAAAAACGACUCAUCGUUGCAGGUCUGGGAUAUCAAUUAUCAAAAUAGGGACAGUACCAUUGUGAAUCCGACAUUCUCGUAUUGUGUCAAUGAGAGCAUUGUUUCAUCCAAAUUUCUUGACGAUACAGGUCUUAUAGUUGCAAGCACUAAAUUCAUCAAAGAGAUUGAUCUACGUUCGGCAAAUCCCGUGUGCCAGCAUCCUACUCGGCUUUCAUAUGACGUGAAGCUAAACCCAUUCAACAGCUGGGAAUUUAGCUCAUACGGAGAUGAUGGAACUCUGGCAAUCUGGGACAGAAGAAAACUUAUAAGAUCGUCCAACUCCAGUGAGUUGAACGUCGCCGAGCCUUUACUGACAUUCGACAAACUUCUGGGAGUUGGGGCUGCUUCGAGGAAAUAUAUGAACUCGUGCUUUCGCUGGUCUUCGGAUCGUAACAGAGAGUUCUCUACGCUGCACAGAGGUGAUACAAUCAAGAGGUGGUGGCUAGGAUCAUGCGGGACUAAUAAGGAAGACGAGAAUGAUGUCGAAGAUCUUUUUGUAUCCACGGUUCACGACAUCAAUACAACAUUUGAUAGAGUCGUUACUUUCGACUACAUUCCACAAAGUAAGCAUAAAGUGAGCCUAAUUUGUAUGAGACAGUCGGGCACGGUGUAUAAAAUGCCUGUUACUCAAAGCUUCACCACAACGUCCUUCAACAAUGGCAAUUCACUCCUGUUAUCUAAUUGCGAAAUGUCGGAUAUUAAUGAAAUUAAAGUAACCAAGACUGAAGAGAAGUCAAAUUUUGAGGAGAAAGCUCUGAGAGAUCUCUGCUUUGAGGAUUUAGACAUAAGUGAUGAUUACUCUAAAGAGACGGACGAUGGAAGCGUAGAGGAAUCUAGCUCUGAAAAUUUGAUGGUAGAUGAAGACGAAGGAUCAUUUUAUCAGGAAAGCAGUUGGAGACCCGAGGAACUCCUACAAAAAGAUAUUAGCGUGAUCAUGAAAGCGAGAGCAAUGCUUGGUUACGGACUGGACCCUGUAGCUACUGUUGCUAUGAUUGACGGUUCCAAAACCCUACAGAAUAAUGCGUACAUCAGGAACACAUGGAGGUGGAUAGCAAUCGCUAAAGCAUCGGUUGACGACGGUACCAUGGUUUCUGGCGAUGUAGACCUUGGAUAUGAAGGUGUGAUCGGAAUAUGGAAUGGGUUGAAGGGUAUUUCAAAUCAAAAUAGAUUUCGUGAGGGCAUAAAGUUGAAUGAUGAACAAUUGGAUAAAGAGAUGGAAAAAAUCAUCAGAUUACGUCGAAAAAGGAAGAGUGCGAGCGGCGACAUGGUACCGAAUAACCUGAUCCUAGACUCUCCGAAAACGGUGCAAAGAAAGCUGUGUUCGAUCUUAUCUGGUUGGGAUCUUUCCCCAUCUGACUUCGAGGAAAAAUAUCAAAUCAUAAUAAAGACAGGUGGCUAUGAAAAGGCUGCUGCCUGGGCGGUAUUCUUUGGCGAUAUAGCUAAGGCAGUCGAAAUUUUAGCUUCUGCUAAGAAAGAGAGGCUAAGACUAAUCGCUACGGCGAUCGCAGGUUAUAUGGCAUAUAAAGUUCUACCAGGCAAUAAUUCUUGGAGGCAACAAUGCAGAAAGAUGUCCUCAGAAUUGGAGGACCCGUAUUUGAGAGUAAUAUUCGCUUUUAUCGCAGACAAUGAUUGGUGGGAUGUCCUCUACGAACCGGCGAUCUCAUUGCGCGAAAGGCUCGGGGUGGCUCUCAGAUUUCUAAAUGAUAGAGACCUGACGAAAUUCCUCGAGAGGACAUCUGCAACUGUCAUCGAGAAUGGUGAAUUGGAGGGAUUAAUCCUCACCGGUAUAACGCCGAGCGGUAUUGACCUUUUACAGUCCUACGUGGACAAGACGAGUGAUGUUCAAAGCGCAGCGCUAAUCUCUAUAUUCGGAUGUCCAAGGUAUUUCAGAGAUAAACGAGUGGACGAAUGGGUCCAAACGUAUAGAAUAAUGCUAAACUCCUGGGAACUAUUCACAGUACGAGCUAAAUUCGAUUGCUUGAGAGCCAAGCUAUCACGAACUGGGAGCGGAUCUAUCAGGGCGGAUAUCAAGCCUCGCCAAAUGUACAUGCAAUGCAUCAAUUGUAAGAAGAAUAUUAGCACUCCAACCACAAGCUGUGGAGGAACACAGAAUACCACUCCGACAGGAAUGGUGAGCGACAUGCCUCCAGGAUCAGGUAUCAGUGAAGGACUUCACAGAGGCGGCGCUAUCUUCUCAAAGACCAAGAAAUAUGGAAUGGCGAACACACCCUCUCCACUCACGCAACAAAGACGUAAGAAUGCCUGUCCGCAUUGUGGAACCCCAUUUCCACGUUGCGUCAUAUGUCUCUUACCGCUGGGCACUACAGGAUUACCGUUUGUGAUCAGUGGUGUAGAAUCGAAAUACGAUAGAGACGCGAUCGACGAAGGACCGAGCCCCAAAGACGGUACCAAUAAGAGUCAGAACGGGGCCAUUGAGCAAGAGAAAGCCGACGUUGCUAAGACAUAUCAAAGGAAGAAAGAGAGGUUAAACGAAUGGUUCAGUUUCUGUCUUUCCUGCAACCAUGGCAUGCAUGCAGGACACGCAGAAGAAUGGUUCGAAAGGCACGACGUUUGCCCAGCGCCUGGGUGUGUGUGCAAAUGUAACAAAUAG